AUGAGGGCAUCUCAUAUGGCACACAUCCUCGCACUGGGCUUUCUCGUCUCCCAGGUUGUUGGCCAUGACCUACAGCGCCGCACUUCACCUCUCGACCAGUAUCCCAGAAACACCCUUCCGAACCUUGGAGGUCCAGUCUUGUACUACAAUGGUACCGGACCAGUUCCUGGUAUUGAUAUUAUCUCGCCGCUACCUGUACCUCUGGCGAAUCUGACAUCGUACGAGGCAAUGAACGCUAUCGUGCAGGAGAUGGUGGCCAUCGGUUCCGGCAAGCUUAGUACUGAUACAUGCUCAAUCUGCACUUCAAGCUUAGAGGUCUUACAUAUCGCUUCACUGAGCUUGUCUCAGGGUGUGCUUACUGGUAUCAUGAUCGAAGUUUGCCAAACCCUGGACUUGACCAAUCUUGUCGCUCCUAGCACUUGCUCUUCUUACUUCUCCGGGAUUGGAGGGCUAGGUCCAUACUUUUCACAGCUGCUGCGUAAAAUGAGCGCUGCGACUGGCGACAUGCAGGCGUUCUGCUUUUAUGAGUUCAGUCUGUGCAAAGCACCACCAAUCACUGCCGUCGAUGAGAACGACUGGUUUCAUCCGAAGCCGGUCAAUAAGACUGCUGCUCCGCCGCCGUCGGGCAAGACGGCCAACGUGCUACACUUCUCGGACUGGCACAUGGACCCACGAUUCGACAUCGGUUCCGAAGCAAACUGUACCACUGGUUUGUGCUGCCGCUCUGAUUCGAAGAAUGCAGCCCUACACACGAAUGUAACGGACCCGUCGCUUCCGGUUUCUCGCUUUGGUGACUUCUUGUGCGACUCACCACCUGACUUGGCUCUCUCUGCAUUUGCCGACAUGCGACGCACUGUUGAUCUGUCCACUGUGUCUUUUGCAAUCUUCACAGGCGAUAUCGUGUCCCAUGAUCAGACGGAUCAAGAAAGCCGAGCACUGAGUACUUACGAAGAGACAAUUGCCUACCAGACUUUCAAGGCUCAGCUCGGCGACGUCCCAGUCUACAGCACUCUCGGUAACCAUGACUCGUGGCCCUCUGGCUUCAACACACCUAACAGCUUCCGCAACGAUUCUGCGCCGAACACGUUCUCAUGGAAUUACGAUCUUCUAUCUUCGCUGUGGCAGCAAGCAGGAUGGAUCGAUGGAAACGAAGCACAGUAUGCUGCCAGUCAUUACGGCGCUUAUGCCCACACUACCAAAGAUGGACUCCGAGUCAUCUCCAUCAACAGCGACUUCUGGUAUACGCCUAACAUCUUCAAUUACUAUAAUUAUACAAAUCCGGAUAAGAGCGGCAUCUUGCGCUUCCUGACCACAGAACUCCUCGCCGCUGAGGCAAGGAACCAACGCGCUUGGAUCAUUGGACAUGUCCCAUCAGGUGGCUCUUCCGCUAUCGGCAACCCGUCUGCGCUCUUUCAUAGUAUCGUUGCUCGUUUCAGUCCAGCCACCAUUGCAGGAGUAUUUUUCGGCCACACGCAUCAGGAUGGAAAGCAGCUAUACUACGAUUUUGCUUCCAGCUCCGCUACCGCGAACUCAUCCAGGGUAGUCAGGAAUUAUACCAGCCUCGACUACAACUCACCCCUUGCUGUGGCCUAUAUAGGCCCCUCAAUCGUGCCACUGACCAACUACAAUGCCGGCUGGUCCAUGUACGAAGUCGAUGCUGAGACAUUCUCAGUCGUCAACGGACAAGUCCACUUCGCCAACAUCAGCAACAGUCUUGCUUGGUCACCGGAGCCUGUUUGGGAGUUCGAGUACGAUAUUCGUCAAACGUAUGAUUCUAAUUGUACAUGGCCGGCAACCGCACCCCUCAAUGCAACAUUCUGGGACAAGGUGACCAAAAAUAUGUUGAACGAUAGUGCGCUGAUCGAACAAUAUCUGUUCCUGGCGACCAAGUCCAGCGUCAAGACUGCGGCAUGCAUGGGAGUGUGUCUCCAGAAGAGCAUCUGUGGCAUUCGUUCGAGCAGCAGGGCCGUGUAUGAGUUGUGCAAUGCCUGA